AUGCCUGCGACCUCAAAAGCCAGCAACGCGGCCCCGUCUUUCCCUCUCGCUGGUGCCAGUCAAGACGGGUGGUCCAACGAGGAGAGAGCAACAGCGACCUGCUUCUGCGGUGCGGUCCAGCUGAGUUUCCCAACCACACGCCCUGGCCUAAUUAACACCUUCGUCUGCCACUGCACCGACUGCCGCAAAAUCACCGCCUCAAUGUUCGCCACUAACUUCACCAUCUCCGACAAGUAUCUCACCCACGAGCGCGGACAGAACCGCCUCACAAGCUAUUCCCAAUCAAAGACCAUUGCAACAGGGAAAACCAUGACAAAUUAUUUCUGUUCGACGUGCGGGUCCCUCAUGUACCGGCGCAGCUCGCGUUUCCCAGGACUGAGUAUCCUGCGUACCGGCACUGUGGAUGAUUUUAGUCUGCAUGAGGGGAGGCUGAAGCCGAGGGUUGAACAGUUUGUUAAGGAUCGCGUUUGCUGGGUACAUGCUGUGGAUGGGGUGACGCAGGUUGAGGCUGGGAUUGGCACUGCGACUGUGGGGGCUGCUUCUUUGUGGUUAUCGCCCUUCUGA